AUGAGGCUUGCUCGUUCCGCUCUCUGGGCCGCCUCCCUCAUCUCCUUCGCAAAUGCCGACGUGCUGUUUACGAGCGUCACCGGCGGCGAUUCGUUAACCGUCGGAGCUGGGCCCUCGUCUGUCACGGUCGAAUGGACCGACUCAGGCAGCGAACCCAAGAUCACCCAGCUGCAUAGUUAUGUACUGGAUCUAUGCGCCGGUACGAACGACAACUUUGUAUCGGUGAAGACGAUCACAUCCAAGGGUCUGUUUUGGUUUGGGAAUAUAGCCAAAGGCAUUAUAUUGCCGACGGAUGGCGGAGAUGCUGAGAAUGCAUACUUCUUCCGCAUCGUAUCUUCGACGAAAGACGGCCAGACUUACACGAGUUACUCCCCGCGCUUCACGCUGUACGGCAUGACAGGCAGCUUCCCGGAGCCCGUCCAGGAAGCUCUUGCCGCGAACCCCAUCAUCGACACGGACCCACCCGUUAUCGCCAUCUCCGACGAUGAGUCUGACACUGAGCUGAAGAAGAGACAAGGCGCGGCGCCCAUUGGUGCGGGUGUGGCGGCCACGGUGACAGCGGCUGGAGGCAGCUACACUAUACCAUACACAAUGCAGACGGGGUUGACCAAAUACGCACCCAUGCAGCGUGUUCCCAGCUCGAAGAUCACCAAGAGCGACCCAUCCCGGCAGUUUCCUACCAGCGCUUAUACCGCGUACACAACCUAUGCGAAGACACCAACGCAGGUGAUGACGGUGACACAGAGUGGAACCUUCACAAUCAGCAGCAAGGAGGCUACUCAGCUGCACGAGCUUCGCGCCAACCAACGCCUCGCUCCUCAUCGCAGCUUCUCUAGCACCACCCAAAAUCCCGACCAACAGCGCGGCGCCGAUCUCGUCCGCCGCCGACAGCUGCUCAAUCGGGUCAGAGAGUACCAGCUCACCAGAGGGAAGAACACGAAGACAAUCGACGAAAUGUCCAUCAACAAGCCCAACGUGAGAGAGGUGCUGAAGGGCAAGUACCCUGCCAAGACGCACGCCAGGAAGGUCAAGGAAUGGAUUGUCGCGAAUGGAGGCGAUGCCGAGGGUGUAGUUUAUCUGGAAGGACAGAAGACAAAGAUGAACGAGGACAACGACCAGGAACAGCCAUUCCGCCAGCGGCGGUAUUUCUUCUACCUGACGGGAUGCAACCUUCCGGAUUGCUAUGUCGCAUUCGACAUGAAGACGGAAAAGAGCACGCUGUUCAUCCCGCCGAUUGAUCCCGACGAGGUCAUCUGGUCGGGUCUGCCGCUCAGCCCGGAGGAAGCGCUUCAGAAGUACGAAAUUGACGACUGCAAGCCUUCGACCGAGAUCAAUGCGUACCUCUCCAGUGCUUCCACGCCCAAGUCCACUAUUUACGCAAUCAGCGGUCAGAUCUCAGACGAGACGACUUUCCUCGCGUUUAACAACAAGAAUUUCGACCUUCUCAAGACUGCCGUCGAAGAAUGCCGCGUUAUCAAGACGCCGUAUGAAAUCGCGCUCAUCACCCACGCCAACAACGUCUCGACCGCUGCUCACACGGCUGUCAUGGCGGCUGCGAAGUCGGCGACGAAUGAGCGCGAACUGGAAGCCAUUUUCUUGAAGAGCUGUAUCGAGCGGGGCUGCCGUAACCAGGCGUACGGCUCCAUCAUGGCCAGCGGUACGGCCGCAGCUACGCUUCAUUACGUAGCCAACGACCAGCCACUCGCUGGCAAGUUGAACCUUCUGGUGGAUGCUGGUGCGGAGAAGGAUUGCUAUGCUUCCGACAUUACCCGCACGUUCCCCAUCAGCGGCAAAUUCUCCCCAGAAAGUCGCGCUAUCUAUGAGAUCGUCUUGCGCAUGCAGAAGGAGGCCAUCGAGAGCCUGAAGGCCGGUGUGAGCUGGGAUGAGGUGCACUCGCAGGCUCACCGCACGGCCAUUUCCGGAUUGCUGGACCUGGGCAUCCUGAAGGGCGACGCCAAAGCUAUUUUCGAUGCUCGGACAUCUGUAGCAUUCUUCCCGCACGGCCUGGGACACUACCUUGGCAUGGAUACACAUGACUGCGGUGGUCACCCCAACUACGCGGAUAAGGACCCAAUGUUCCGCUACCUCCGCAAGCGUGGCACGCUACCAGCUGGAUCUGUGAUCACCGUUGAGCCCGGCAUCUAUUUCUGCAGGUUCAUCAUCGAGCCCUACCUCAAGGACGAGAAGCACAAGGGCUUCAUUGAUGAGAAGGUGCUGGAGAAGUAUUGGGAGGUUGGGGGCGUCAGGAUCGAGGACAACAUCUUGAUCACGGAGAGUGGCUAUGAGAAUUUGACCGAGACGCCAAAGGAGACGGCGGAUGUUGAGACGGUUGUGGCGGCUUGA